GUAACGCAAUGCGGUAUCCAAGCAACGGCGCACAGAAGUAAGACAGUCGUAUCGAGGGGGGAGGGCACGGCAGCGAUGUUUUAACUUUGGAGCGGAGUACUUCAUUAAAGUGACACGACUGUACUUUUUGGAGGGUUUGUACAUUUUCUGUACAAAUGAAGUUUGACUGAGCUGCCAGUUUGUUUUGGUACAGGCUGAGUUUAAAAAUGUAUGGACGAACUCCAAGAGUAGUCACCUUCCUGUCAGCCAGCGGUACUUCACCCACUGUUGGCCCCGGAUCAUACGAUGUCAGCCAGAGCAUCUGCAAAAAAUCAGACGGCUAUGCUCCAUUUCUGUCCAUGACCAACAGGCAGUCAAUAUUCACUGAAUACGAUGGGAGUAUACCAGGACCUGGACAGUAUGACUCCCCACCUCUCAAGAGAAAUGUCCAUGGUGGCCACAGUCUCAGGAACCGCUCCAAGCGUUUCGAGGACGUGGUGUCAGACGUUCCUGGCCCCGGGGCCUACAAUGUGCUGCCUGCCUCGGAAGAGAAACUCAGGGCCAUGACGGCAAAUGUAGGACAGAAUGAGAGGCCUGGCAGGAAAAUGGCUAGAAGUCUCCGACUGGUUCAUCAAUCAGCCAUCCCAUCCAUUCCUUCCCCAGGCCAGGCCUAUGGCUAUGAGAAGGAUGCCCAGGGUGAGUUUAGCAAGAACCAGCCGCCUCCUAGGGACUCAACCCUGGGGCCAGCCUACUACAGUCCGCUGCUGUCAGAGGUGAGCUCGGCACAGAAGUAUAAAGGCAUCCACUUUGGCAACAAGACAGGGAGGAGAAGUGAGGCGACAGUGCAGCUGGGACCAGGUCCAGCACAAUAUUACCCAGAGAUACUCCCAGAAACGCGCUACACCAAUGUGAACCUUCAAAAGGAGCAGAAAGGCAGAGCUGAGCUUAUCAUCCCUCGCUACCACGAACUGGUGCCCAAGCAAGAAGAAAAGAAGGGAGUUCCUGGUCCAGGCCAGUACCGCAUCAGAAGUCAGUUUGAGAAGCCUGACAAGUCCGGCGGCAACCUGCCAAAGUCCACUUGUGCCUUCCUCUCACAAACUCAGAGGUUUGGUCUCGUGAAAGAAGAGUCACCGCCUGUCGGUACGUAUAACGACCCACGCUGUGCACUGGAGUUGCUGAAGAGGUCCAAGGAAGUGAAGAAAAGCCCAUUUGGCAUCAGUGCAGCGCGCUUCCCCUCUAACCGCAAAAAAGCCUCCAUACCAGGUCCGGGUUCCUACAAUGUGUUUGAGCAGGGUUUGGCCCGUGAGAGCUUUAAAAAGGCAUUUUUAGGGCAAACCAGGAAGGGAGGCUUUGGCUCCACAGUACAACGCAACAUUUUCAACAACAAAGGAUCAAUAGAUGCCCCAAGUCCUGGACAGUAUGAGAGAGAAAAGAAAACAGAGGAGAGCUACCAAAAGCAGCCCACAGCAGUUUUCAAGUCAGCAACAGAACGUCUGGUCUUACCACAGCUGGCCAAAGACUCCCCUCCACCCAACAGAUACAAUGUGAGGCAGACGUUUGAGAGGGUUCAAUCUUACUUACAACCUCUAACUGAGGGAGCCAAGAAGAGACAGAGCUGCUUUUUAUCUGCUGCACCGCGAGAUAAUUUCUUCCUGCGACGAGAUCUCAGCGUGCCAGGCCCUGGUCAGUACAACCCUAGUGUGAAAUCCGUCACAAAGAUGGCUCUGAUCUCCUCCAGAGAUGACCGAUUCAAAGUCUCCAAAAACACCGACCCUGGACCUGGCACUUAUCAGCUGAGUCCAGGCAUCAUGAACACAGUCCUGAAGGGUACCUUCAAUGUGACACUCAACAACCCUCUGAGUCCCUGCUGUUCCUCCCGCACUCACUCUGAGCCCAUCAACAUCGUUGCACCCAACACCUUCCUCAGCAAAUUCAGAGGUGAAAGGCACCUUUGUGGAAGUGUAUGACUGCUCUUGCAUCUACAGCCGUUCAUGACUAUCCUGAUUCAGCGUUUUUUUUGGUGGAUCAGUCUCCUCUGUAAAAACUACUUAUGGAAUAACAUUUACAAAGCUGUUAA